CCUGACAGGUGUUGUCCCAAACGUCUGAUAUCACUCCUCCAUGGUCGCGAGCUAAGAAGUACGCCAGCUCCACACGACGGUCGCGCGACGAAGUAUCAGAGACAUCGCAAUGACAACCACACUGAGUUUGGUGCCAUUACAUACUUUAUCUACAUCAACGAGCAAUGGGAUCCAAAUGACAACGGGUCCAUACAUAUUAGUGAGGGCGACGCUACCAACGGAAGCUCCAGCAAAGAGAAUAUUGAAGAAACCGGACAAUGUUUUAUCGAAAGAACCAGAGGCUUUGCGCUGCAAGAGAAGGACAGAUUCACAGGGUCUACAUAACAUUUUACCGAGACCACAACCUGCUGCCGUGGCAAGGCGGAAUGAAAGGGAAAGAAACAGAGUGAAAAUGGUCAAUCUAGGAUUUGAAACACUUCGGGAACAUGUUCCAAAUGGAAAGAAAAAUAAGAAGAUGAGCAAAGUUGACACAUUGAGAGCGGCAGUGGAAUAUAUCAAACAAUUGCAAACAGUGCUUCAAGAUGAGAAUAUGGACACAAAUUGUGCAUCAUCAUCCGCUGCCUUCAACACUAUUGACUUUUCGGCGUUUUCGCCAUCACAAAGCGAUUUCUCCCACACAAACUCCGGAGACCAGCUCUCACCGGCUCCCAGUAUGUCUUCCGACGCCUUCUCAGAGUCCAUGAGUUCCGAGGAAGAGGAACUUCCGGAUCUCGGUCCCUGGUUCUCUUGAAUUUAUCGGAGACUUUUUUUUUCUCUAGAUUUGUAUUUAAACCUGUAUUACCAUGACAACGGAGAUGUGUGCAAUGACAGAACCAAUCGGGAUCAUGUUCCUAUGGAAACAACCUGACGUUCUGCGAAACAAGAGCUGCCUGUUACUGUGUUCAAGGACUUACUGACUGACUGAUCUCUGAUGUAUUUUACUUAUAUACAAACUGUGUUCAUACUUAUCAACCAUUCCAAGUGGUCUAUUGUUACGCCCGCUGUGUUCUACUUACAAAGAGUGUUAACCGCUCCUCGCCACAAAGUGCUUCCCUGUUAUUUUCCAUGUUAUUUAUAAGAAUUUUUAAUCCAGUUUUUUUGUAUGUUUUUUACUGCAAUUGUAUAUAUUGACACUGUAUAUGUUACACGAUACUAUAGCAAAUUUUUGUACAUUGUUGAUGUUUUAAACUAUAAUAUGCAUUCCAUAUUUUUUGUCUUUUGACAUUUUUAUUAUGGCAAAUAAAUCUUAUGAAA